AUGUCGACUGAACAUCCUCAAAAACAAGAGAUCGAUUGGGAAGAGAAAUGGCAGCAAGGCAACACACUAUGGGAUCAUGGUGAAUCUAGCCCUGCCCUUACUGCUCUAUUUAAGAACGAAGAAACAAAGAAAUUAAUUCCUGAAAGUGGUCUAGGUCUCGUUCCUGGAUGCGGUUCGGGCUAUGAUGUUGUAUUUUUGGCAACCAAAGAUAGACAUGUCACAGGCUUGGAUUUUAGUCAAACUUGUGUUAAGAAGUUACAUGAGGCACAUCCGAACGCUGCAGAAAAGAAUUACGAUUUUCGAUGCGCCGACUUUUUCAAUUUUGAGAUUCCUGUAGAAAAGUACAGCUUGGCAUAUGACUACACCUUUUUGUGCGCCUUGGAACCUUAUCUGCGCCCUGCAUGGGCAAGGAGAUACAGCGAAAUAAUUGCCAAAGAUGGUAUCCUGAUUACUCUAAUGUUUCCUAUUGACGAUCAUGAAGGUGGACCUCCUUUUGCUGUGAAUGAGCAAUUGUAUAGGGAUCUCCUAUCUGACCAUUUUGAACUCUUAUACAUAAAAGAUGCAGUUGGACAUGCUUCUCGUCUUGGUAAAGAAAAGAUAGCUAUCUGGAAGAAGCUAUAG